UUUCGCUUUCACCACCCACUUAUCUUUUUAAAACAAAAGAGUUUUAGCAUUUCAAAAUUUUUUUUGUUCUAUUCUGUGGUUUAGGUGUUUAUGUUGAGCUUUGAGUUCAGGCUACACCAUUUGAUUUAAUUUUUGAUUAGAAUUUUUUUUAUUAAUAAUAAUGAUUAGAAUAAUUUUUUAUUAGUUCGUAUAGCUAUCAAUUUGUUUUAUUAAUUUCAAUUAACAGUAAAACGACUCAUCAUGGCAGUAUCAGUCACUUCGAGGGCAAAAGACCCUUUUGAAUUAAUAUUGAUGGAAAAGCUACAACUCUUUACGAAGGCUGAAAUCAAGUAAGUAAUGUAAUCGGUAAUAUUUUACAUAUUUUUGUAGUAUUCAAUUCAACGCUUUGUUUUUGGGCGCUUCCAUAGCGGCGUUUCAAGAUGAGUAUUUAGAGCUUCCGUGGUUAGAGCACCUAACCUAUAAAUUCAUAAUGCCGCAUCUACAUGUUGGCCCGACGAAGGCCAAUGUCGACAGUGCCAGUGUUGGCCUUCGUUGACCUACGUUGGGUUACCAGGCUGGGCCAGAGACUGGGGCAAGCGGGCAACAUGUAGAUGCGGCAUUAGUUUCGAUGAUUCAAUGAAAUGUAGAUGCAAUGUAGUAGUCAACACUUUUAAUUCAUCUACAGCCAUAACGUUCAUACAACAUGAAUUUCCAAUGAGUCAUCGAUUCUAAUGAAUUUAUAGGUUAUGUGCUCUAGCUAAGGCGGCAGAGACGCCGCUAAGAAAUUGUACCUUAACAUAAAACACAUGCUUUCGUUUGUGUUGGUACAAUUCCUCAUGACUAGUCUACACUACCGCCAAGUAACUGGUGAGCUUGGCCACGUUGGUCUUGCCAUCUACACUGCAAUGUGACCAUUUGUGAAUGAUCAGCUGGCCACUCGUCUUUGUGAGUGAUGGAAGCAAAGGCGAGUGCUGGCAAAUCACCUCUCCCCACUCUGGCGCUGGUCGUCAAGUUGUUUCAUUUUCAAACGUUGUUACAUUCUACUUGCCACCUGUCCUUCCAAGUUUGCUUCCAAACAAAAAUAAUUGAUAAUGAAACACUUGGAUGUUGUCUAGAAAUAUCAUGAAAAUUGCUAAAUUACAUAAAUGUUUCAACAAAACAGUAUCUGAAGUCAAAAAUAUUUAAAUAUAUUCAAAGUCAAGUAUCUGAAAUCAAAUAUAUUCAAUGCAAACAUCAACCAUGUAAGUAUGAUCUCCACUUGGUACAGGACGUCUUGUACAACAGUACAGAAAUUAUAAGAUCAACCAACAACAAAAUUUCCAAGUUGAAAUGUUUUGAUGAGAUGGAGGCAGCAUGUUGUAUUGCCAUAGCUGCAGACCAGUUGAUGAAACUGUCUUUUUCAAUGAUUUCUUGUAGAUAUAUUUGAUAAUUUUUUGUUCAAUUUUUAUCAACAGGAAAAUUAAAUCAAAGAGAUCAGAGUUCAGCAACAAAAUCGCUCAUUGCGUGAAGAAGAAGAAACAUAUUUUGCAGUUUAUCGACUACGAGAUAACCUUGCUCUUCUUGGUUAGAACGAGGAAACAGCAAAAGGGCCUAUCAACAUCAUCAAGCAAAUCGCAUAUAGAAGUAUGUAUCGCUGUCCAUGUUACAGCAUUGUGCAAUCGAGCAAUACUAAGCUAUCCCAACGAUCUUGGAAUUUGGCUUUCCUACAUCAAAUUCUGCAGACAAAUUGCAGCCUAGUGCUGGUGCAUAUGUUGGCAGCUCACAGCGACAUUCCGAUCCUGUUUAAGUUGGCUGCAGAUUGGGAGCUGGACGACUGCAGGAACGUUGAAAAGGCGCGCAACCAUCUAAAGAAUGGACUGCAAAUCCACAAAAAAUGUGCUAUGCUCUAUCUCGACCUGUUCCGUGUCCAGUUGAUCUACAUCAAUAAAAAAAUCAUCGAGUGUAUUGAAAUGUUGGAGGAUGUAUGACCGCGCAGAGGAAUCUCAGUGCUUCGAGAGAAGACCUAGAGUACUUCAGAAUACUUGAGGAAGAAUGUUACUGCUCAUCGCCAAUCUCCAGCCAAGGAUUACUUCACAACUUGAUUUUUUAUACACCACCAAACUGAGUUUAAUUCAGGAAAGGGAAUCGGCAGUCAACUAUACAAUACCGAGGAAUAAUUCCACUUUCACCGAAAUAAAUGCAUUUUCAUCUUAUGAUUUUUUCAUUCAUCGUAUUAUUUUUUCAUGAUUUAUUCAUUUGUAAUAAAAUUUUAUUUUUGGUUUACAUCAUUUUAUUUUUAUUUUAUCAUUCAUAAUAUUAUAUUUAAGAGUUUGUUCGUUAGUGAAUUGAUCUCAAGAUGUCAUUAUUUAUUCAAGGCCAGUCCAUUUUUGCUAUGAUUUUCAAAGCAAUGACAUUCUGGUAGUUGUGAUGCUUUAUUGUUUUAUAAACCCAAUUUAUAAUUAUGAUUCAUUCUGUGUCGACUUGAAAAUACCCCCACCCUUCUGUAUCCAAGGAUAUAUUUACUACAAAUUCAAUCAUUUGCCAAUGUUUUUCAAACUCGGGAGGCUAAUUAUUAUUCCCGAGUUGUGUAUUUGAACAGAAUCCUAUUAGGUAGAAUGAAAUAUACUGAUAGUAUUUAUAGAAAUAUUCAGA